AUGAGACAGGACUGCGGAGGAAACCUCAUGUUCAGCAUGUAUCUCUCAGAUCCAACAGAAACUCUGUUGAAAGAGAGCAAAGGGACAUCAUGGGGUCCUAUAAACACAGGAGUACAAAAAGGCAGCGGGCAGAUCCAGCUGUGGCAGUUCCUGCUGGAGCUGCUCUCCGACAGCAGCAACAUGUCGUGCAUCGCCUGGGAAGGAACCAACGGAGAGUUCAAGCUGCUCGACCCGGACGAGGUGGCCCGGCGCUGGGGGGAGCGCAAGAGCAAACCCAACAUGAACUACGACAAGCUGAGCCGUGCGCUGCGCUACUACUACGACAAGAACAUCAUGACCAAGGUGCACGGCAAGCGGUACGCGUACAAGUUCGACUUCCACGGCCUGGCGCAGGUGUGCCAGCCCUCCAGCACGGAGCAGGCCAUCUACAAGUUCCAGGGCAACUUCUCCCCGAUCCCCUUCCCCGGGAUCUCCAAGCUGAACCUCAUGGCUCCCGGCGUGGGACCCUCGGGGUUCUCCUACUGGCCCGGAUCCCCCCCCACGGCCCUGUACCACAGCCACAACCUGCAGGCCCCGGGGCCCUUCGGCUCCGUGGCCCCGGCCCACAUCAGCUGCGUCAACAACAUCAACAGCCUGAGCAACAUCAACAACCUGAGUAACAUCAACAACCACUACUGA